AUGAAGCAAAAUACAUCCGGAGGAGGCGACGAGGGCAUCCAAAUCCGACGGAAAACGUCGUCGCGGGGCCACCACAAGUUUGUUGGAGUCCGCCAACGGCCCUCUGGGCGGUGGGUGGCUGAGAUCAAAGACUCCUUGCAAAAGGUUAGGUUAUGGCUUGGGACAUUCGACUCUGCUGAGGAUGCGGCCAGAGCUUAUGACAAGGCAGCUCGACAGUUGAGAGGAGCAAAUGCCCGCACCAACUUCGAGCUGCCCCAGUCAGGCCCUGGCUCCGCAUUUCCAGAGAAUGCAGAGCCAUUCUCCUUUGAUGCCAUGUGUAGCACUGGCGAGACCGACAGUCUUGCUAGUGCCCUGAUUGCGAAAUUAUUCAAUAAGAAAAGCUCCCGCGUGCUAAUCCAAGGCCACGCGUCCUUUGCCUCGAAAGGAGAUCAACGGGCCCCACAUAGUCAAACAAUGAAAACUGCUGCCAAGCAUCAUAUUCUCGAUAAAUUACACGUCAGUGGCAUGGUUGUCAAUAAAAACAACGUUGUUACGAACGAGGAGACUAGCUCGGUGGGCCUGGAUUCGAGCCUCGAGUGGCUCGGUGAGCCUGAAUUAGGUUGGGAACCACAUAUGAUGUGCCAAGUUGAUGAGAAUCCAUUCAUGGAUUUGGCGUUCAAUUGCAAUCCUCUUAGUGAAGUGUUAGCAAUUAACAAUAAAGGAAGGAAGGAUGUGCAAGUCGAUGCUGCGUCGAGUAAUUGGGACCCACUUCCACCUUUAGAGGGCAGAUAUGGGUAUCAAGAUAGUAAUAAUUGGGUUUCAAGUAAUAUUGGGUGGGAAUCUGAGCUUAGUUAUGUUGUACCUUCUGUACUAAGUUAA